AAAAAGCCAAAACAAGAUCCGAAUGCGAAGUUACAGCAUGUAUUUCAAAAUGAUUUUACUUGUUUUGUGGUUUUUUUGGAGUCGUGCAGGGCAGGAUAACGCUCUACCCUCCUGCAAAUUUAUUGAGUGCGUAGCGCAGCGUUUUGCUAUUAAUCGUGCUGCACGUACCAGAAGAUUUUUACGAAGACAAAUGAUGUUAAGGGAGGAAUUUGCAGCUUUUCUUGCGAACUGCAAUUCACGUUCAUCUGUAAGGAGCAUCUGGAUGCGACAGAGAUGUGGCGUGUGGUGGGAGCAUGUUCUAACCAGAUGGACGGAUUGUGAAUGGAAAGAAAAUUUUAGAAUGAGGAAGACCACAUUCUUGAAGCUGUGCAACAUCCUCCAUCCACACCUUCAUAGAGAGACGACCACUUUCAGGAAAGCAGUACCUGUGGUGCAGCGUGUAGCAAUAUGUGUCUGGAGGCUGGCCACCAAUGUUGAAUUUAGAACUAUCUCACAUUUAUUUGGAAUUGGCCAAUCUACAGCAGUCACUAUUGCCAAUCAUGUUUCCUCCAUAAUUGUGGAGAAACUGCUUUCAGUUUACAUCAAAACACCCUCUGCACAUGAUUUCAGAAACAUUAUUCAAGGUUUCCGAGAUCAAUGGGGUUUCCCACAAUGUGGAGGAGCUAUAGAUGGAACCCAUAUUGGCAUUUUAGCUCCACCUGAAAGCCCAGCAGACUACUACAACCCUAAAGGUUUCUAUUCAGUCAUCCUGCAGGGUGUGGUAGAUCAUAGGCUUUGUUUCUGGGACAUUAAUGUGGGUUGGCCGGGCAAAGUCCACGAUGCCAGAGUGUUUGGUAAUUCGUCAUUGUACGAGAGGGGUCAGAGUGGUACCCUGUUUCCUAAUAUCACAGAGAGGUUUGGAGGAAUAGAUGUGCCAGUGGUAAUGUUGGGGGAUGCAGCUUAUCCUCUGCUGCCAUGGUUGAUGAAACCAUACCCUGAAAACCAACAAAUGACACCUGCACAGCUCACCUUUAACAACCGGCUCAGUAAAGCAAGAAUGACUGUUGAAAGGACAUUUGGCCGUCUUAAGGGAAGAUGGCGUUGCCUAAGGAAGAGGUAUGAUUGCCACAUCAACAACAUUAAUAACAUCAUCGCAGCAUGUUGCAUACUGCACAAUUUUUGUGAGAUUAACAAUGAGGAAUAUGAUGACAUUGAUGUUCAUGAAGAAAACGAGGCUCAUGAAUUGAGUCCCUAUCAAGCAAAUGCCAUAGCAAAUGCCUCAAGAGAUGCCUUGUCUUUGUAUUUUUCAAAUCUGUAGAGAUUACAUCAGUUUAACAGUAACUGGUGCUACUUUAGCAUAUGCUCCAAUGGUUUUGCAUGGUUCACACACACAUACUUUGUCAUUUAUUUUUAAGUCAACUGAGCUGGUAGAGUACAUGCUAAUGUACCAACCACUAACUUUUAGGCGAGUAUCUGUUCCUACUUUUGAUGUACCAGACUUGUUUUAUUAUAUGUAAAGCAUUUUUUUAAACUUUCUGUUCAUGUUAUGUUUAUAUUUUCUGAAAAGGAACAUUUUUUGGCCUGAUGCAGGCAAUAAAUUUAUAUUCAUACUAA